AUGCCAACCUUCUUCCUCAACAACAUCACGGGCCUGCAGGGCUCUGCCACAGCCCGGUAUCUCCUCGACCAGCCCACGCCUCCCACCAUCGUUGCCCUCUGCCGCGAUCCCACGUCCCCCAAGGCUCAAGCCUUUCAAAAGCAAGGCGUCACCCUGAUCAAAGGCGACUGGGACAACGCGGCCGCCAUCGAGGAGGGCGUCAAGGGCUCUGAUGCCGUCUUUAUGAACUUUAUGCCUGACUUCAACGACUGGAGCGCCAACCUCCGCUCCGCCAACACGACACUCGCCCAUUGCAAGACGCACGCGGUCCCCCACGUCGUCCUCUCCAGUGGCGUCUACGUCGACAACCUGGCCGCCCUGGGCGUCCAGCAAGACAGCAUGCUGGGCAAGAUCCUCACCACCAAGGCCGACUUGGAGAAGGCUGUGAAGGAGAGCGGCCUCAACUACACCAUCUUGCGCCCUGCCAACUUCAUGGCCAAUUACAUUGACCCCUUUGCCCAACGGCAGGUCCUUGGCCUGGCGGAAACAGGUGUGUGGAAGACGGCGCUGCGGGAGGAUGACAAGCUGCCUCUCAUCUCGACACAGACCAUUGGACGUGUCGCCGCCAGGGCUCUGCAGGAGCCGGUGUCCCUUGGCCAGAAGACACUCACGUAUGCAGACGAGACGCUCACUCUCAAGGAGAUGUUCGCUGUGUUGUCGAGCAAGGCAGGCCGGGAGCUCAGGAUGGAGUCACUGUCUGAGGAGGAGGUCGAGGCCACCAAGGCGAGCAACCCUUUCGUGGCAGGACAGCAGGCGAUGCGCAACAUGGCGCAGCUUGUCAACGUCGACAAGGCGAGGAAAAGGAUGGCUGAGUGGGGCAUGGAGCCCGUCAGUUUCGAGGAGUAUCUGGACAGUGAGGCCGAGGGCGUCAAAGCGACGUAUGGCCGUCAGUGA